AUGAUUCGCCACAUGUUGGAAAGUAAUCAUCAAAUCGAAUCGGAUUCUCGACUCUCAGGUGGCCCAGUGUGGAGCGCACUCAUAACAAUUAAUUCAAAAAACCCAAAAAAAAAAAUUCCGGCCAAUGCUCCCGGGAACUCUCCUCUCGAAAAUAUAAUCGAGAUAAUUGUCAAUGUGCUCGUUUUUCCUAAGGGAGUCCAACAAGACGGAAAACGUUCUAUUAUUGACCAAAAACAACAAAAAAAAAAAGCUACAACAAUGCAAAGUCGCCCUCCUCCCACCAGAAAUACAUCGGUGAACACCUUGUCCUUUUCGGUAUGGGACACAUGUCGUCUCAUUAAUAACUGGAGAAACAACACUUCUCUUCUAUUGGUCUCAAUUCAACACCUGAUAACAUUCAAUUCAAUAAUGAAGACUCAAAUACCGACAGCAGAUGGAAUAGCAAUGUGA